GCUAAAAAUUUAACGUAUAAUGAAAUAUACAUAUGGAAGGGAUACUUUGGUACAUUUUUAGUAUAAAUACCACGUAUCUAGUCAUUUAAUCAUCAGUUAUUUUCUGUACACAGUCGUCGAAUAAUUUGACACAAAACCUAUAACAACACUAAAAUGGCCGCUAAGUUCAUCAUCUUCGCCGCUUGCGUGGCUACCGCUCUCGCCCAAUACUCCGCCCCGGCUUACAAACCAGCUUACUCUGCACCCGCUUACUCCGCACCAAAGGCCUACGCCCCAGAGCCCACAUACGCACCAACACCCUACAACUUCGAAUACAGCGUAAACGACCCACACACCUACGAUGUGCACAGCCAAUCCGAAUACAGCGACGGAAACGGUUACGUCAAAGGAACCUACAGCCUCGUCGAAGCCGACGGAUCCAUCCGUACCGUCGAAUACACCGCUGACGACUACAACGGUUUCAACGCCGUCGUCAAGAACGAAGGUGGAUACAAAGCUCCAUCAUACUCCGCACCAGCCUACAAGCCAGCUUACUCCGCCCCAGCAUACUCUGCACCAGCUUACUCCGCACCAGCAUACUCAGCACCGGCCUACAAACCAGCUUACAAACCAGCAUACUAAUUUGUUUAGUCGUGUUUAAACCAACUCUCUUCUUCACUUUUUUCUUUGUGCCAUCGCGAUCAUAUUGAACCGUGGUUUCAAACUCAUACCAUGUCGUAUUAAUAUGAAAAUUAGUUGAUACGACUUAUGUAUUUAUUCUGUAAAUAAAUAUAACGAUGUAUAUUUAUUGAACA